UAUUAUAUUUAUAAGCUAUUUCCUUGCUUUUCCUCUUAUUAUUUUCUAACGAGUUCGUAGCUCUCUCAUUCUUGUUCUUCCAUUUUUCAGAUGAAUUUUUGGGUUCGUUGGAAUUUUAUUUAAAGAUUCAAGUUCUUUUUGGCCCCUGCAUUAAGCGCUCGAAAAUAAUUUCUGAUUGCAAAUUGAAGUGGCAGAGCCUACUUUAAUUCAGAUCUGCUAAGCUUCAUCUACUGUAAAUUCUGUGUCAAGUUGUUCAAGAUCUCAUCUAGAAAAUGAACCAACCUUCUGGUGAACAUCAAGAUCAGGUUACAGUAGCAGGGUUCGACGAUGUGAGAUCGCCUGAUUCAAGUUACAGCAAUGUGUACCCAGGAAAAGAAGACGAAGAGCGAGAACCACCUUCUCUACCCCCGCACUUGCAGAAUACCGUGUUAAACCACCCGACAAACAGAGAUCCUCACGCUCCACUCCCGGACCCACAAAAUGUCACUCUGAAUCAUCUUUACAUUGAGAACAGAGAAGCUCCUCGAUCAGUGGUGGCGCUCGGAGUCACUCAUCGCUUUCGUUCCAAAUUCGUUACCGUGGUACUCUAUAAACCAGUACCAAGAAGGGGAAGCAGCAGUAGAUGAUUUGAUUUGCAUGAAGCACAAACUUUUGUCAGCUCGUGUUGAAUCUGUCUUGAAUGUAAUAGGACAGUAAUUACUCAAAAUCCAGUUUAGCGGAAAAAGAGGUUUAUAACCUUAAAUUCCUGUAUUGAAUCAUAUCAUGUGUUUCAUAUGCAUCAGUUUUUAAGGAUAGAGAUGCUCAAUCAUAAAAAGUAUCCUAUUGCGUUCAAUUAUUUUCCUCCAUAAUAGUAGCUGUUAAAAUUUUAAA